GGGACGCAGAGCAGAGGAGAGAGAAGGAGAGAGAGGGAGAGAAAAGAGAGAGAGAGAGAGAGGGAAGCGUGAGAGAAGAGAGGAGCAUAGACAACUCUCCAGCUGCAGCAACUGCUCCGUGGAGGAAUUGGCAUCUUGCUCUCUGUGCGUGAGCGUCUUUAUUCUUGUGAGUGUGUGUGUGUGUGUUUGAGUGUCUGUUUGCCGGUGUGUGUGUUUGUCUGGGUGUGUCUGGCGUGUGCGACUUGAGACGCCGCCUGGCCCAGCGCUGGCAGUCUGCACAGCGGUCACCUCUGCCAAGCGCAUCACCGUGGGAACGGCGGGAGGGGGGAAGACCAACAGAGGCACGCACAGAGGGAAGGAGCGAGUGAAUGAAACGAGUCCGCGUGGAGAAGAGAGAGACACUGAGAAAGUAGAGGAGGAGAAGAAAAGGAGAGGGAGGAGAGCAGGGGAUUGAGUCUUUGUCAGGACUGACUCUCUUGUCUGCCAGCCGGUUUGUGUGUACUAUGACCCACCACUAACUGCUGCUACUACAACUAUCGCCACUUGAGCCACUUGCGUCCACUUGCGUCCUUUCUCUCCUCUCCUCGCCGUCCUUGCAUCCUUAUCGUCCACGUCCUCCGCGUCCUCUUCCGCACCGGCACCGGACAAUGCAGACCGUUCCGGAGAAGUGGCGGGACGCCCCGUCGCCCGGCCGAGCGAACGAGAACGGCAUGAAGGCGCCCUGGGAGGGACAGGCGCUCUUCCAGAGGAACGGCACCACCGCAGCUCCGGCAGGGAAGGGGGCGUCGGACGCCAAGCCGUCCCCAGGGGAGAUGAACGGGAAGGGGGCCGAGGCGGAGCGGGAGUCCCUGAUGAUGGAGCUGACCAAGCUGGUCCAGGGCACGGUGAAGGAGAGCAGCUGGUGGGAGAGGAGAGGCAUCGACUGUGCCAUCCUGGGGGCAGCCUUUCUGGCACUGCCCGUAGCCUUCUACCUCCUCAGCUUUUCUCAGGUGCUGCUGUUCGCUCUGGGGAUGCUGGUCAUGGGCGUCGCCCACGGCAUCAUCACCAUCAAAGGGACCCACAUGGCCAGUCACGGGUCGCUUAGUGAGUCCCAGGCCUGGGGCGAGUUCUGGGCCAUCUUCUUCAUUGAGGUGUGCGGCUCGUUCACGGCCCGAGCAGGUGUCCAGGGUCACAUCAAGAUGCAUCACGCGCACACCAACGUCAUCGGCUUGGGCGACUCCAGCACCUGGAAGGUACCCUCCCUCUCGCGGAGCAUGUACCUGUUCGUCGCUCCUCUGUUCGUACCCAUCAUCACACCGCUGGUGGCCUUAGCUCAUCUGAAAGACCACUCCAUGGUCCAGGCCCUGCGGACAGUGUUCAUGGUGCUCCUGGGCUUCUACUCUCAGUACUGGCUGCUGCUGCAUGUGUCCGGCUUCCAGUCCCCCGCCGGCGCACUGCUCUGCAUGCUGGUGUGCAGGGCCAUGUUCACCAUGCCCUACAUCCACGUCAACAUCUUCCAGCACAUCGGGCUGCCCAUGUUCUCCCCGACGCGGCGGCCCAAGCGGAUCUACCAGAUGACCCACGGCGUGCUGAAUCUCCCUCGGAACCCCGUGCUGGACUGGAUCUUUGGGCACUCCCUCAUCAACUGCCACGUGGAGCAUCACCUCUUCCCCUUCCUCUCAGAUAACAUGUGCCUGAAGGUGAAGCCCAUUGUGUCCAAGUACUUGAAAGAGAAGGAGCUGCCGUACCAGGAGGACAGUUACAUCUCCCGUCUACGCCUGUUCUUCCACCGCUACCAGGAGUUCAUGGUGUACGCGCCUCCCAUCACCGAGCUUGUCGGGGUGCAGUGAUGAAGAAGACCUGGAGGAGAAAAGAGGAGGAGGAGGAGGAAGAGGAGGAGGAGGGAGGAAGAAGAAGUAGAAGAGGAAAGAAGAAGAAGAAGAGAGAGACUCUUUGUUUAUGCUGAAGCACAAUGACAAAAGCACACAGACAGAGAAUGAAAGAGAGAAAGAGAGCGAGAGAGAGAGAGAGAGACAGAGAAGGACCAGAGGUUACUAAUGCUUCGACACCAUUGGCCUGCUACACUGCGUGUAAUUCCAUUAUCAAGCGUAGCGUUUCUGUUAAUCCCUUCAUCUAUUCACACAUACAUUCUUUAGCUGACCAAGCAAACUGUGCUCACAAAGCAGUACGCGUCGUACAUACAUUUAGGACGAGGUUUAUAUAUCACGUAAUCAAGAUGAUUCUAUGCAAGAGAUAUGUAUGUUGAUAAUCCAAGGCAAUCAUAGUUCGUAGACAGCACAAUACUAACUAUGUAAUGAGUAAAAUGGUCAUGGCAGUUGCUGGUGUGAAUGACAUAUUGUGUUAGCCAACAGCAAUCCUGUGGAAUCCAUCUUACUUACAAGACUUACCCAUACAUGGAUUUUUAUAGCAGUCAGCAACUCUGAAGUUCUUUUUUUCGCCUCUGUACUUUAAUGACUGACAACUGACAUUCUGACAACUGACAAUCUGUCACAUACACAAACUGUAUUUACACCACUGUCUAAUAUAGGCUAAUCUGUAGCAGCUUUGCACCAAACCGACAGCAAGUAUAUCAAAAAAAAAUAAAGGUUUCAUGAUGGAACAUCAAAUGGAUAAAAGGUGAUAAGAAAAAAAUGGAUAAAAUGACAGUUUAAUAAACUGUUUCAGGGCAUUUUAAAUCAAACAGGGUAAAUCAGUUGCCUGUGGAAAUUCUGUGUUGUGCUGGUGUUUUGUCUUUGUCACUGCUUUAGGUGCUCAAGCUUGGCAUUGGCAGAAGUGAGCGUCUUCACUGGCUUGCUUUAAAGCUGGCAGUUUAAUUCAGACAUGACAACAGACUUAUCACCCACGCCAUGCUUUUCUAUCGUAAAAUGUAGGCCCUGUGAAUGUGUGUUGAAUGUUUUUAAUAUGCAGCUGCAUAACUGUUUGCACUGAGGAUAUAUACACUGUGUUAGAAAUUAAAAUUGAUUCUGAA